ACUAAAGACACCCUUCAAAAAUCAGUUGAAAUGGCUGGUGAGAGGAAGACUGAUGUAUUUGUUGGUGCUGAUGUGUUCGGUCGAGGUUGUCCUGGAGGAGGUGGAUUCUCCACUGAUGUUGCUGCUUCUGCAGCAAGAAAAUUUGGUUUAUCUAUGGCUAUCUUUGCACCUGGCUGGAUUUACGAGUGUUUGGAAGUCAAAGAUUUCAAGGAAAAUCAAUUCAGGUUUUGGAAUUUACUGCAAAAAUUUUGCCCUGUAAGAAAAGUCAAAAGUUUGCCUUAUUAUUCAUCAUUUUGCCCAGGAUUUGGGAAAAAAUUAUUUAAAAAUGGAAAAGUUUUAAGUGGUACUCCAUGGUUUAAUGUGAGUCUUCAACAGCCGCAGCCCAUUUACUUCUCAGAUUAUUGCCCUAAGGACACCAGCAUAUCAUUAUAUGAAGAAGAUUCUUUCCAUGGUGGUGGAUGUAUUUGUUUGAUAAUGAAUGCUGAGAGAAAAGAAAUAGUUUCAAUCUUCAAGAUUUUAGAGUGUUCUUUCAUCAUAGAUGACAGCAUUGUUGUUAGCUAUACUUUCAAGACACAAUCCCCUAAUGUAGAAGUGAGUUUUAUCUUCAGCAUCAGUAAUCUUGAAGGGAAGUAUAAACUAUACUUGGGCAACGAAAAAGGUGACCACAGCAAUUCAAGUUCUUGUCUCUUGCCUGCAUCUUGUGAUGAAAUAUCUGAAAGUCAAUAUAAAAUCGCUGCUAAUCCAGAAAAUAUAGAAGGUUGGGUUAAAAGGGUAUUUGUUUUGAAGUUGUGUAGAUUCAACAAUCACACAGUUGAAGACAUUAGUGUCCAAAUUUCAGCACCCAUGAAUGAAAAACACUUAGUCCUGUUGGGCGAGCUAGAGAUUUUACCAUUUAAUCCAAAAAUUGAUUUCCACUAUAGAGAUUUAGUGUACAAAUGCAAUGAAGAUAACACAAUCACUGCUCAAUGUACACUGUACUGGAGUUAUCAUCCUUCAAUUUAUUGUUCUGAUUUGUUCCUAUUAUCUGUGGAAAAGAGAGUACACAUCGGUAGAACAUCUCAGUUCCAUUACAAUUUAGAGUUUUCUCUUACUGGAGCAACUGAUUUAGAGGUAUUAUUAUCCCUACAAAAUAAAGGUAAUGACUCCAUUCCAGAUGUAUCAGUUAAAAUUCCAUUACGACCAUCUUUUAUGUCUUAAAAAUCAUAUUGUUUACUUAUCAUGUGUAUAUAAUAUUAAUGAAAAAAAAAUUUUUAAUUUGAAAUACACGAUGAUUUAGUGAUAAUUCUACUUUCCUGAAAUUUUUAUUUUUGUUAAAUUCAAUUGUACAUAUAUUCUAGUCACAGUUAUAUUUUACAUUUUAAAUAAAUUUAUUCUUUGAAA